CGAACAUCUGCUCGGUCUGAUAAUCGGUAUUUUUGGAUUCUUCCCGGUUCGUUUCAGCGCGGAUCACGAAAGGAGACGUGCCCAGUUUUGAUAUCCACUAGAUCAGCUGGUGACCUCAUUGUUGCGGUACAAGCCGCGGUCACAAUCGGUGCAACUGACAUGCUCAAAGCCCAACAAAGAAUAAAUCCACGUAGCCCACCAUGUCACGAGCAUUUCGAUGUGAGACCUUAACGCGAUGAAUCUCUAUACAUAGACCUGCUCCUGUACCUGCACUCAACUGCAGAGAACAACAACUAUAAGCUUCGAUUUAGAAUGGCUGACCGCCGGAAAGCUACAGAUGGCCCCCCACCAGAUUCAAGGGCGGGUUACGACAUCUCUCUCCUGCCCGACUCGCAAGUACAGUUUGUCUCCGAAGACGAUCUAGCAGCAUUUGCGAAGGCUCUUGCUGCGCCAGACCUCGAGCCUAUUGGCGACGAUGCGAGCGCAAUCAUAAGCAACGGCGUCGACACACCGAGGUUGGAUCGCAUGAACUGGAGCCCAAGCAGAAGAGACAGAACACAGUCGCGAAAGGGCAGCCAGACGAGUCUGUUUAUAACGAGCAAGAAUGAUUGGGCCCCGGUACAUGAGAGGGUUAGGAGGAAAGGAGGGAACGGGAAAACGGGGAAGAAAGUUAGGAGGCGGAAGGGCUUGAUGAGGACAACGGAUGAGACGAGGGAGGGAUACCUAUACUCGCUGCUGAAGUGGCCUAUGCUCUUCAUUGUCAUGUUAUGGGUAUCGGGACUGGGGGUAUCAUAUCUUCUGACACGGCUUUAUAUUUGGUUGUACGAGCAAUUCGUCGCCUUGAGGGGCACACGCAGCAUGCUCCGGAAAAAGAUGCGAGCCGCGACCAGCUAUGCGGAUUGGGUGAAGCUGGCGCAGGAAAUGGAUACGUUUUUGGGUAACGACAAGUGGAAGGAGGAUGAUGAGUUUGCAUAUUACGAUCACAAAACGAUUAGAAGGGUGCUUGAUAGCCUGCGAAGGCAAAGGAGGAGGGCCGAGGCCGAAGAGGGACUCGAAGGUGGGAGCAGCAAAUAUGGCACGAGGCCGAUUGAAGAGUUGAAGAACUUGGUGCAGGCUUGUGUGAAGAACAAUUUCGUAGGAGUGGAGAGCAACAGGUUGUAUAGUCAAACAUACUUUGGAACGAAGAACCUGGUCCAGGAAUUCGUCGAUGAAGUUGAAAAAGGCGUGCAAACCCUCUCUCGGACGAAGAAAUUAACACAAGAAGAGAAGCGGGUCAUAUUCAAGCACAUGUACACCAAUGUAGGCCGAACAGCACUCUGCCUUUCGGGUGGUGCUUCCUUCGCAUAUUACCACUUUGGCGUUGUCAAAGCCCUCCUCGACGCCGACCUUCUCCCAGACGUCAUCACCGGUACUUCUGGCGGCGCCUUGGUAGCAGCACUCACAGCAACCCGCACCAACGAAGAACUGAAAGCCCUCCUCGUGCCUGCCCUCGCCGCCAAGAUCGACGCCUGCUCCGAGCCCUUCACAACCUGGUUCCCGCGGUGGUGGAAGACUGGCUCACGCUUCGAUUCAAUAGACUGGGCGAGACGAUGCAGUUGGUUCUCUCACGGCUCACUCACCUUCCGCGAAGCGUACGAACGGACUGGUAGGAUCCUGAACGUGUCUUGUAUCCCAGCAGACCCGCACUCCCCGACUCUCCUACUGAACUACCUCACCUCACCCGACUGUGUGAUAUGGUCCGCAGUCCUCGCCUCCGCCGCCGUCCCCGGAAUCCUCAACCCCGUGGUGCUGAUGACCAAACUGCCAAACGGCACAUUAGCACCCUAUUCCUUCGGCCACAAAUGGAAAGAUGGGUCUCUCCGCACUGACGUACCACUGCGCGCGCUAAACCUCCAUUUCAACGUCAACUUCUCCCUCGUGAGCCAGGUGAACCCGCACAUCAACCUUUUCUUCUUCUCCUCGCGCGGCACGAUCGGCGAGCCCGUCGCCCACCGCCGCGGCCGUGGCUGGCGCGGUGGCUUCCUCGGCUCCGCUACCGAGCAGUACUUAAAGCUCGAUCUGACCAAGUGGCUCAAGGUCGUGCGACACCUCGAGCUCCUUCCCCGGCCCAUGGGCCAAGACUGGAGCCAGGUCUGGCUGCAGCAGUUCUCCGGUACCAUCACGGUGUGGCCGCGCGGCCGCAUCACGGAUUUCCUCCGCAUCCUCAGCGAUCCGGAUCCAACGCGCUUGGCGUACAUGCUGCAGACAGGGCAGCAGAGUACGUUUCCCAAGUUACAGUAUUUGGGGAAUCGGAUGAAAGUGGAGAGGGCGGUUGAGAGGGGGAGGGCGGCGACGAGACAGCAUGUUAGAAGGGGGAGUAUUGAGAGUAUUAUCAGUGAGGAUGAGAUGAGGAAGCUGUGGAAGGGUGAUGGGGAGGAUGGUAAUGGUGGGAUGGGGACUACGGAUGAGGAUACGGAUUGGAAUGCGGAUGAUGGGGCGUUAUAUGAGGAAGGGGGCGAUGAGUUGGAGCAGGCCGUGGAUGAUCAUGGAAGAGAGCGUGAGACGGAUGGACUAACGAUGGCGGGAAAGCGGGCGAGAGAGAAGACCACUUAGAUGUGGCCAUCUAUUUUUUGGGAGAUUUAGCAGGUGUCACAUUUAAAUGAUAGAUUGAUGAUAGUUAACGAUAAAUACGGCAACGAAUACA